AUGCCUGGUCACGUUGCACAAAUGCAAAAAUUGUUCCAAAGCGCGAAAGCUUCGUUGCGCCUGGACGUCCGGUUCGCUGCAUCCCCAGUCGGCUCGAUCGACUCUAGAUUGCCUGCAAGUCACGAAGACGGGCAUAACUGUGGUACCAAUCCUGAUCUGUUGGGAGACUGUAAGAAAGAUGCUUCAGAAACACCCUCCAAGGAUUGGAGGUACUCCAGAGCCCCAAGGUCCAUUGCCGAGAUUGAGAUGGACGUAAGAGAACCUUUUCCAGAGGGAUCUCCACGGCUUCCGGAUUUGCUCCCAGUGGAACUGGACCACUGCAAAGUCUCGGUUGUUGAGCCACCCAGCAGCGGAUUUACUUCUCCUGUUAAUGAAGGAGGCUUCGCUCCACAUUCGAGCGAUACGCUGAUCCUGUCUUCACCUCCUGCGCCAAAAAUUUCGAGAAAUUCAACCCAAGAAUAUGACAAGUCUUCUCCCGUCAGCGCUCUGUCCACCACUGAUUUGGAGCGGCCAUUAACCAAGCUUCGGGUGAGUGCUGAUUAUGACAUGGAUAUCGAUUCUGCAGAAGAGUCACCUAUUGUCAGCCACCUCCUGCGAAAGUCUGCAGAGGUGGAAGGACAGUACAGAGCUUCGUCAUCGAGUUCAGAGGAGAGAAUCGUUCUGUCUCCUACUGUGAAAGCAGCGGCUGAUUCAGCAAAGCUGAAGCGGGGAAUGUUCAGCGACCUUUUUCCCAAACCUCCGACGCACAAAGGCAGUGAUGAUUCCGCAUCUUCUUCCAAAGAUUCACAGCCAGCUGACAUCAAACCAUGUCCGGAUCCUCUUUUGCAUUCACGUGGGCCGACAGUAUUAUGCCCUGAUCCAGCAGCUCAUUUCGGAUCGGGGCCUCCCAAUGUCCCAGGACAUCGUGGUGCCAUUUCAAGUUCCAAUGUGCAAGGGAGCCACGCACGCCAGCAUGGAUUUCCCCCUGUACUUGGUUUCUCGCCAAUGACUUUCAACCGCGCUACAGCGACAGGUAGUCCAAUGCCGUUGUUGAAAGCCAGAUCGCCACCAAUAUCUCCAGGAGAAAUGGGCCACAGUUCGUGGUACCCUUCGACUGAACCCUCCCAGUCUCGAUCUCGAUCCCGUCACCAUGAACACCUGGGUCGCACAUAUCUUACCCCGGCAUCGGAGCAUUUCCAGCCUGGUUGGUAUUAUGCGAGAGAGAGCCCCCAACCACCACCAAGGCCCGGCCCACCAAUGUAUUCUUUCUCUACAGCAGCUGCCAAAGUCGUUGGACAGGACCCUGCUCCUGAUUCUAGGAUUCGAGACUCGUAUAGAACAGACACUCUCACACCGUUGGCAAAGCCACCCAGUAGGUUCAGAAAAAAUGGCAUCGUUGCUCUUGCUAGUGCUCGUGGAGUCGGCAAACACUAUGGUGGUCCUUCGUAUCUGUCGAGACCUCUUCAGCGUUGCAUGCAGCCUGCGAGGUCGCGGUUGCCGGACAAUCUUCAAUUCAGAAGUAGUCCCCCAAGAUCCUCUGUGGAAUCCGCACAAAGCUCUCAAGUUAAAAAGAGGUCGAGAGAGGCAGAAACGCCUACCAACGACAGCCUCGAGGACGAUCAAAUGGCAAAGGAAUCGAUUGAUCCAAAACUGAAGCUGGAAGAGGGAGAAGAGGUCAUUGAAGUUGACGAAGAGACCAGAGCAGCGGUCCGUAUGAGCAUAUUCGGUACUUCAGCCGCAAGAGCCAGCUGUGACACCGGAAGAGGCGUGAAGGAACUGAGUCCUAAUGUCAUGGUCUGGAGAAAGGGCAGUGGACCUUCCGUAAGCAGAAAGAAACGUCGACCGAGUUACUGGGACGGGGAUCUAGAGGAGGUGAUGCGCAGUCCCGCAGCAAGGCAUGUGGUCUCCUCGCCAAUCAAAAAAGACGACGUGAGAUCACAGCGAGCCGAGGUAGUAUUCCACGAGGAUGACACCGACAAAGAGAACCAGGCACUCCUAACCAAGGAAGAGCUCGAAGACGUCUCGAGAGUGGCAGAGGGGCCGACUGUCUUGGAGGAGGACGUGUCGAUGGAAACCAGGAGUUGA